AUGCCAGAGUUAGGGGGGAGACCGAUAGUCCGACUGAAGAGCAUCUACACCAAUGCAUGCAGCACAGGCAACAUGCGGGAGGAGCUGGAAGAUGUGAUGCGACAGGAGAGCUGUGACACAGUCACCAUCACUGCAGAGUGGACGAAGUUGAAUUAUAAUCCUCCAAAGGAUGAUGGCUCAACAUACAAGAUUGAACUUGAAGGGAUAUCUGUUGAUAUCAUGAAAGAGAUACUAGAUUACAUCUUCAGUGGACAGAUCAGGCUAAAUGAAGAAACUAUCCAAGAUGUGGUACAGGCAGCUGAUCUCCUGCUGCUUACAGACUUAAAAACUCUCUGCUGUGAGUUUUUAGAAGGUUGCAUAGCUGCUGAGAACUGUAUUGGUAUUCGGGACUUUGCACUGCACUAUUGUUUGCAUCAUGUUCACUACCUUGCCUCAGAGUAUCUGGAAACUCAUUUUCGAGAUGUCAGCAGCACAGAGGAAUUCUUGGAACUGACUCCUCAAAAACUGAAAGAAGUGCUGUCGAUGGAAAAGCUCAAUGUUGGAAAUGAAAGAUACGUCUUUGAAGCAGUGAUUAGGUGGAUUUCUCAUGAUUCAGAAUCGAGAAAGGUUCACAUGAAGGAUGUCAUGUCAGCAGUGUGGGUUUCAGGCUUAGAUGCGGCGUAUUUACGUGAGCAGAUGAUGAGCGAACCACUGGUACGGGAGAUUGUUAAAGAAUGCAACAACAUCCCACUCACACCACCUCAGCAGGGAGAGGCCAUGCUGGCCUCCUUCAAGCCCCGUGGCUACUCAGAGUGCAUCGUGACUGUCGGUGGAGAAGAAAGAGUAUCCCGGAAACCAACCUCAGUGAUGCGGUGUAUGUGUCCUCUUUAUGAUCCCAAUAGACAGCUCUGGAUUGAACUUGCUCCUAUGAGUAUUCCAAGGAUCAAUCAUGGAGUGUUGUCAGCAGAAGGAUUUUUAUUUGUGCUCGGUGGUCAGGAUGAAAACAAGGGAACGCUGAGCUCUGGAGAGAAAUACGAUCCAGACACCAAUUCCUGGAGUUCUUUGCCACCGAUGAAUGAGGCACGACAUAAUUUCGGUGUGGUGGAGAUUGAUGGAAUUCUGUAUAUUCUGGGAGGUGAGGAUGGUGAAAGGGAACUAAUCUCUAUGGAGAGUUAUGAUAUUUAUAACCGUACCUGGACCAAGCAGCCAGACUUGACUAUGGUUAGAAAGAUUGGCUGCUAUGCAGCUAUGAAGAAGAAAAUCUAUGCAAUGGGUGGAGGCUCCUAUGGAAAGCUCUUUGAGUCUGUUGAGUGUUACGAUCCCAGGACUCAACAGUGGACAGCCAUCUGUCCUCUGAAAGAGAGAAGGUUUGGGGCAGUGGCCUGUGGAGUUGCCUCUGAGCUUUAUGUGUUUGGUGGGGUCAGGAGUCGUGAUGACAGCCAAGCCAGUGAGAUGGUGACAUGUAAAUCUGAAUUUUAUCAUGAUGAAUUUAAAAGGUGGAUUUAUCUAAAUGACCAGAACCUAUGUAUCCCAACUAGCUCUUCUUUUGUGUAUGGAGCUGUGCCUAUUGGAGCCAGCAUUUACGUGAUUGGAGAUCUUGAUACAGGUACGAAUUACGACUACGUUAGGGAGUUUAAGAGAAGCACGGGGACGUGGCAGCGCACCAAGCCGCUGUUCCCGUCGGACCUUCGCCGUACUGGCUGUGCAGCCUUGAGGAUUGCAAACUGCAAGCUCUUCCGACUGCAGCUCCAGCAGGGCUUGUUCCGCAUCCGCGUACCUUCCCCGUGAUCCGUGUGCUGGCAGUGGAGGAGACUGGAAGAGUUCUGCGCAGUCCACCAUAUGUAGCUCUAUAUAAAGGAAAAGCUGAGAAAUUACAACUGAAACUUACACUGUAUGCUGUGCUUUGGUAUGGUAACUGUUUUUGUUUUAAAUGCUUAUAAAGCUUGAGUCUCAGUUCUUGUUUCGGGAACAAAUAACUUAAGUAAACAUUAAAAAGAAGAGGGGGAAAACGAGGGGGGGUCGAGGAAACACCUUCAGUCGUAACCAUUUGGACUUUACAGUGCGUUAUUGAAGGAGAUCUGCUGUGUCUGGAACUGGUGGGAACUGGUAUUCCUUUAGUGAAGUUUACUGAAAAGAGAGAAAGAUUUGAGGUGCGUUUCCCUUGGGGGGAACCGAUAAGAAUAAAUGCGCUAUCUUGGACCAGAUAGCUCUAAUAUGCAGAAUAUUAUGAAAACUAUAUGAAAACUAUAUGAAAACCAACCUCCCUGGUGUACUGCAAAGACUGCUGUUUGACUGUGAUGCCACAGGAGGCGUUGGUUGUUGCACCUUUCACUUCUAGUCCUUCCUCAAAGCUAAGGUCUGUGCCUAAAAAUGGUGGUGGUGUGUGUACAUAUGUUUUUCAUUCAUUUGCAAUGUUUUCAUUCCGAAAAAUAUUUUUAAUAUAUUUAAAAUGGACUAAUCUAAAACGGAUGCAGUAUACUACAGAGAAGUAAACUGUGGCUUUUUUUAUGCUGACAUUUGGAUAGCCUGAUGAACUGGUGUAUAGAUGGGCAGCAUGUGUUUCUGCAUGGGGUUUUGGAGGUCGUUUCCUUGCAAUAAGAGGAAAUGGUUUUUGGAAUGGUUCAUGACAACUGCUGCUCUUGGUAGAAGACAACGAAGCUUGAGAAAUUAAAGAGAAUAGGUUGUGUUCCUUCCUAUUUCAGGGCACUUGAAAACUAGGAGGAUGUUGGGUUUUUUUUAUUUUUAAGACUGAGGAUUAUAGAAACAUUUUAUCUCUGGAGCAAAGGUGAAAUAUGGCAAGGAUACACUUGUUUCACAGAAAUCAGAUUUUUGUAUUAUCACUUGCAGGAAAUUUGUAUGGCUAUUUUAAAUUGGGAUCAAAAGUUGGUUUGCUAAUGACUUCCAUGCUAGGGCACAGAGUCUUGUUUACUGCUAUUUGACUUUGAAAGCUGGGCUUUACGGUGUGGUUAUAGUGAGGAAUUCAGUAUCUUGCAUUUUAUUUCCUGUUGAGUCGUGUUCACAUCAGUAGUGAUGUUUGACUGACUUCUGUUCUUGGUAAAUAUGGGCUGGUAGAACACUUUACCUCACUUCUUGAUUUCACUGUUGUUUAUGAUGGGUGGGAUGCAACUUGUAGUUAUUUAAAGGCUAUUUAAAAGUAAUAAAAUGAGAAAGGUAGAAAUAGAAAUGAGGCCUCCUGCCCUUCAGAAAAAGAUUUUGUAUAACCAGUAUUAUAACUAAGUACAGUACUUUCCACGCUGCAACUUCAUGGACCUCAGACACACCAAUCUGCCCUCGGUUGUGUUAGCACCAACCUUUGUCACUGUUAUUGAAUCUCCUUAGAUCUGCUGAAAUACAAUCCUGAACUCAUACAAGAGUUGUAUUCAACUAAAGAUUCCUUGACGAGACUUUCUGAAACUUGCUUUUGCUCAGUCCUUCCACAGUGCUGAUGUAUAGUGGGAAUUACUCUGAAUCUGCGAAAAGGGGUGGGGAAAAAAAAGGCAACAAAAGAGGGCAGCAAUUAAUCUGUUGGCCAUUAUUUAUUUAUUUUUAUUUUUUACAAUGCUGAAGUGCUGCAAAACUUGAACUAUAGACAUCAAUUUUCUGACCUCUAUUAGAUGGCAUAUUAAAAAAGUUUAUAUAUUUAUGCAUUGCGGUAAACUUGAUAUGUGUGUGUAUAUAUAGUCUUUAGAUUUUAAAUUUAUAUAUAAUGCUUUACUACAGAAAUGUGAACCACUAUUUCCAUCUUCAGCCAUCAUGUGAAAUAAAUCAAGUGCUGUUGGCUUAUCUAUAAAACCUCCCCUCUUCAAAAAUUUAAUGUUAAUUUUGUUUCUUAGGAAAAGUGCUGAGAUCCUGUAUUCAAAAGCGAUGAGAUUGAAUGUUUCUAAGUAUUUGAACUUGGUUUUCUAAGUGCUUAGAAAACUCUCAGAAACUGUAUGUAGACUAUUGCAGGCUGCUAUCUCCUGAGUCCCUGUAGCUCCCCAGUACACUUGAGGGCAUUUAGUGUCCAGAAGGCCUAAGUAAUAAAUGCACAUAAUAAAUCCAAAUCAUAUAUACAUUAGCAGUGUUUAGUGGUUAAAGUUAUUGAACAAAUGUUUACAGUUAAAGUAGGAUUAACAGUAGGUAUUGUUAUUUUUUUUUUUUUUAAGGUAAAUAAAGCGAGCAGUUCUGCUCUAACCGAACUGAAUUGCAAACGUGCAAACGUGCUCAGUUAGAUUUGAUCAAGAAGCUUAAGUCUCUUCACCUAAAACAGUUAACUUUAUUUCCUAGCAUGUGGCUGGAGGUCAGGGACCAACCCUGUGCCAACACCUGCACCUUGAGUUUCAG